AUCCAAAUGCCUUGUCCACCACUCAUUCCAUACCCAAACAAACCUCUUUUCACCAUUCAGAUUCACAUGUGAGGGUUCAACCACAGUCCUAUCCCUUAUAUAAGGGAACUGGUUUAUGUAUGAAAUUGUCCAAAUAGUUGUCUGCUGCUAGAAAAAUCUCUCCUUUCCAUUGGUCAUCUGAAAUUGCAUAGAGGUUCAUCAAGGACUCUUCAGCAUCUCUGAAAAGGUGUUUUAUACUUUUUCUCCAAAAGCAAGGGACAGCCACAUAAAAGCUAUCCACAACCAGAAAGCAUGUUGCUAAGAAGCUCUUCAACACCAGUUCUUGGUUCCCUUCUCUCUUCCAUCACAGAUACUCCUAGUAAUAGUAUUCACACUGAAGCCUGCCAUGCACUCAAGCAUCUACCACCUACUAGUGUCCCACAACAUCACCACAAACUGUCUUUACAUCAAACUGGGUCCUUCAGUCUCUCCACUUUCUCAUGCAGUUCUUCUCCAAUCUCCCCCUCCAUUGCUGAACUUGAAAGGCAAAACAAAGGCUUCAGAAGAGUUCAAUCUGAAGGGAACUUGGAAGACUUAGCCUACUCUUCUUUCAACAACAACGAAGACAGAUUUAAUUAUGCAGACCCUCCUAAGAGGUUUUCAGUGAGACAAAGAUGCAUGGCACUGGAGACCAUUCCAUCUUUCUCUAUUUCUAAGCACAAAGGCUUGCGUCAAGAAGAGGAAGAUGAAGAAUGGGAAAGUGACAGUGAAGAUGAGGAAGAAAUAGGAGAGUUGGAGGAAGAGAAGAGGGAAAUGGAAGGAAAAGGUGAUGGGUUCAGUGUGCUGAAUAGUGGCUAUGGUAUGAUAUUGACUGAAGAAGUGAGAGUGAAGGAGGGGCUUUUCAGGGUGGGUUUUGCUGACAAGGGAGAGGUUGGUGGUAAAGAAAUGUAUCUUGCAAAGGGUCUUGGCAUUGAUAAUGAUGGCUGUGGUAAAGGCAUAGGUGGCUGCAGAGGUAGUGGUGGAGGCAGUGGAGGUGGUGAUUGUAAUUCCUCUGGAGGGAAUGAUGGAGAUAGGCAUGGGGUGGAAGAAUAUUAUAAGAAAAUGGUGGAGGAAAAUCCUGGGAAUCCAUUGUUUCUGAGGAAUUAUGCUCAGUUUUUAUAUCAGUGCAAACAAGACCGUGAAGGAGCUGAGGAGUAUUAUUCCCGUGCCAUACUAGCUGACCCAAAAGAUGGAGAAGUGUUAUCACAGUAUGGGAAGCUAGUUUGGGAGCUUCAUAAUGACGAAGAACGAGCCUCUAGCUAUUUUGAACGAGCAGUCCAAGCCUCUCCUGAAGAUAGCCAUGUACAUGCAGCAUAUGCUAGUUUCCUUUGGGACACAGAGGAAGCCGAGGAUGAUUGCAAUGAGCCACAAUGUUUACCACCACUUGUUCGUCAGGGAGCUAUGGCUACUGCAGGUGCUUAAUGGAGAUAUGAUAUAUGAUAAAUUGGUGAAGAAAUACCAAUUCCAUUAAACAUUUUCUUAAGUACAUAAGGGUGUCUUAAGAUGUAUUGAAAUUCUUAUAUUGAAGCCAAUGUGUUCUGUUGAUAAGUGAGCACAUUUUAUUAACUGAAAUCAAAAAACGAUCUAUUACUUUGA